AUGUCGUCUGAUCUAAAGGUUGCUGAGCAUACUGAAGUCGCUGAUCCUUCCGUCAAGGACGGUAAGGUGGGCGACUGUUGUGAAUUGUCCCCUGGCAUCCCUGUUAUUGAUGAGGAGACAAACAGGAAGCUGCUACGCAAAAUAGAUAUGCUCUUGAUGCCCGUUAUGUGUUUCACUUAUGCACUCCAAUACUACGACAAGGCACUUCUUAGCCAGGCUGCCAUUUUCGGGCUUAGGAAGGAUCUUGGCCUUGAAGACGGGCUGAAGUACUCCUGGAUCUCGUUGAUCUUCUACCUUGGGUACAUCGCUGGCUGUUACCCUAUAUCUUGGCUAUCCCAGAAGUUCACGGUUGGCAAGGUUUGCCCUAUCAUCUGUUUCCUUUGGGCCGUGGUAGUCCUAAGCACCCCAGCAUGCAAGAGCUAUGCCGGUAUACUCGUUAACCGCUUCAUGCUUGGUUUGAUCGAGAGCGGAGUUUCGCCAGCAUUCAUGCUCUGCACAGGCAUGUGGUAUACCCACUCGGAACAGGUCUUCCGAUCCUCGUUAUGGUACUCCUUCAGCGGUGGAUCGAACAUCAUAUCUCCUCUCAUCAACUACGGGCUCGGUCAUAUCACCGGCGGAGCUCUCCACUCCUGGCAAUACAUGUAUCUGAUCGCCGGGCUCGUAACCCUAAUCUGGUCCAUCAUCCUCUGGUUUGUCUUCCCUGGUAGUCCUCAAGUGGCAAAGGGCUUUACGGCCGAGGAACGGAUCCUCAUUCUCGAGCGAGUGCGCAGCAACAAUGCAGGCGCCGAGAACCGCCAUUUCAAACUGUACCAAAUCAAGGAGACGCUCCUGUCUUACCAUUUCUGGUUUGUAUUCAUCCUCUCACUCCUGUCAAGCAUUGGCAGUGGGGCAGUGACUACGUUCGGCUCGAUUAUCUUCAAUGGAAUGGGAUUCACAACUUUCCAGUCCUUGCUACUGAAUAUGCCAAUUGGCGCCCUUGCCUUUAUCUGCGUGCUUGGGUCUGGAUAUAUCGGACGGAAAGUUCCCAAUUCACGGCUCUACGUUGUGAGUGGCGCAUGCGUACCGGUCAUACUUGGGAGCUGUCUGAUAUGGCAACUUCCCUCCUCCGAGCGCGCCGCUCGUAUCAUAGGCUUUUAUCUCAUCAACUUCUUCGCCGCGGCCUGGGUCCAAUGUAUUGCCAUGGGAACUUCAAAUGUGGCUGGACACACAAAGAAAGCCACCAUGGCUGCGGGAACCUUCAUGGGCUACUCGCUUGGCAAUGUCGUUGGACCUCUCACCUUUGACGCCCGUUAUGCCCCGCGCUAUGACCCCGGCUUCCAAGCGACGGUCAUCUGCUUCACGAUAUGCUUGGUUCUAGCGCAGGUAUUCAGGGCCCUGAUGUAUGCUCAGAACAAGAGAAGGGACAGCAAGUAUGGGCCGCCAACACAAGAACACGGGUUGGAGGACUUGACGGACCGGGAGAACAAGUCUUUCCGAUACCUCCUUUAG